CUUACUGGCAAAACAAUUACAUUGGAAGUCGAACCAAGUGAUACCAUUGACAAUGUAAAAGCCAAGAUACAAGAUAAAGAAGGUAUCCCACCUGAUCAACAACGACUCAUCUUCGCCGGCAAACAACUUGAAGACGGUCGAACACUCAGCGACUAUAAUAUUCAAAAAGAGAGUACACUUCAUCUUGUACUUCGACUUCGAGGUGGUGAUGAUCAAUGA